AUGGAUGCCCUCUUCAUAUCGUUGGCUUCGCUUGCAGGAGCCUCAGUCGAUCAGGUCAAGCUUAUAUCGUGUCUCUUGAUCUCUUAUCCUUUGGGCAGCAUAUUCGUCCGAAUACCAGUCUCACGGCCGAACCUACGACACCUAUUUAGUAUUAGCGUAACCUCUUUCUAUCUUCUGGGUAUUUUGAACAUCCCGUUCGCAUACUUUCAACUUCUCGGUGACAUUCUGGCAACCUACUUUAUUGCGGGAAAUGUCAAAAGUCCUCGCAUGCCUUGGAUUGUUUUUGGAGUAAUAAUGGGACACCUUACUUUGAAUCAUAUAAUUCGAGCGAUGAAUAACUUGAGCUACGAGACAUUUGAGAUCACAGGUCCACAGAUGGUGCUGACGAUGAAGCUGACAACGUUCGCAUGGAAUGUACUUGAUGGACGAAGACCUGCAAAAGAUCUAGACAAGUGGCAGACAGAAAAACGUGUCACUACGUAUCCCUCCUUGAUCGGGUUUCUCGGUUAUUCACUAUACUUCCCUGGAUUCCUUGUCGGGCCAUCUUUUGAGUACGCAGCCUACGACACCCUGGUUAAUGGCAGCCUAUUCCAAUCUUUGGAACAGGAAACUGAGAACGCGGGCCGAUUCCGGAAAACACUAGUCCCAAAGGGACGAAAGCGUGUAGCGUACUCCAAGAUGCUUAUAGGACUGGCGUUUUUGGGCUCGUAUGUAACCUUCGCCGGAUCGUUCAAUCUAGGCGUGACUAUAGAAGACUGGUUCGUUCAAAGGAGCCUAUUAUAUCGUAUUGCUUACCUCCAAUUAUGUGGGUUCUUUGAGAGGACAAAAUAUUAUGCGAUCUGGAUUCUUACAGAGGGUGCAUGUAUUCUCACUGGUCUUGGAUUUACUGGCUUCAAUGCGUCUGGAGGAUCGCGCUGGGAGGGAGCCGCAAACGUGGACGUGUUGAAAAUUGAGUUUCCACCGAACUUCAAGGUCUUGCUGGACUCAUGGAACAUGAAGACAAACGUAUGGCUCAGGGAAUGCAUUUAUAAGCGGGUAACCCCCGCAGGAAAGAAACCAGGCUUCCGUAGCAGCAUGCUUACAUUUACAACCAGUGCUUUCUGGCACGGAAUAGCAGGAGGAUACUAUUUGACAUUCUUUUUUGCCGGGUUUGUCCAGACAGUUCAGCGUCUUUGUCGACGUCAUCUUCGUCCUUUGGUCCUGCCUGCAUCAUAUGUUUCAGACCGACACGCCCCUCAACCCCCGCAGACACCUUUGAAACGCAUAUAUGAUGGUCUGGGUAUUGUAGCGACGGUGCUGAUCCUCAACUAUGCCGCCGCGCCCUUCAUGCUUCUAACGGUACGAAAUUCGUUCAUGGCAUGGUCUCGUCUUGGGUGGUACGGUCAUUGGGCGAUUGUGGCCGCACUCGCAUUCUUCUACGGUGGAGGAGCAAAGUGGUUAAAGAACACGCAGGCGGCAAGAGCCGAGGGAGCAAAAAUAUCGGAGGAGAAUCUGUCGAUUAGUCAGGGAGCUGAAAACGGGACUGUUGCCGACGACCAGGGAAAAUCGCUUGUUCUGCCACCGUAUGACGAUGCGACAACAGGGCUGGAGGAUGCGAGGAUGGGCCGUCGUGUGACAGACUAG